ACCUCCUUCACUCCUCAUCCUCAUGUGCCUCAGAAACCUUUUGCUAACACGCUCUCAAAAGAAUUCCCUGUCAGCAUGUAGACCAAACUACAACUAUCUGGGUCUUACAUGUUUAUGAGCAUGUCUAUGUUGACACACAGACACAGUGUAUUUUACAAGAGGAGUGUUUUUGCUGUUGGAGAGUGCCUGGCAGCCAGUGUUAGCUAGGUAGCUUAGCCCUUUAGCUUAGCAUUGUGGAAUGGCAGCUGUAGUGGAGAAAACGUUUCAGUUUGUGAUCGUGGGCGGAGGCAUCGCGGGUGUGACGUGUGUUGAGCAGCUGUCAUCCCAGAUCCCGUCAGCUGAGGUGGCUCUGAUCACAGCAGGUCCUCAGAUCAAAGCAGUGACCAACUAUAAACAGGUGUCGCAGACGCUGGAAGAGUUUGAUGUGGAGGAGCGUCCAUCCAGUGUUCUGGAGGAGAAGUUUCCCAACCUGACUGUUAUCCAGUCUGCUGUCAAAUCCCUUCACACACAGGCACAUAGUGUGGAAACUGCAGAUGGCCGGGUGUUUGGUUAUGAGAAGCUGUGUAUUUGCAGCGGGGGCAGACCUAAGCUCCUAACCCAGGAAAACCAUCAUGUGUUGGGGAUAAGGGACACAGACAGUGCCCAGGAGCUUCAGAAGCGGUUAUCCAAUGCCAAGAGAAUCGUUGUUGUUGGAAAUGGUGGAAUUGCCUUGGAAUUAGUGUAUGAGGUGGAAGGCUGUGAAGUGAUCUGGGCUGUGAAGGACAAGGCCAUAGGAAACACAUUUUUUGAUGCGGGGGCGGCCCAGUUCCUCAUCCCGUCACUGGAGGCUGACAAACCUGAGAGAGACGCUCUAGUUAAGAGGUCGCGCUACACCACAGAGGAACCGGCAGUUGGGACAUCACACACCUUCACCGCAGAUAGAAAUCCUCGAGGGCUUGGUGUUGGGCCCACAGAGUCUGGUAGUGCCCUCGGUCCAGACUGGCAUGAAGGAAUAGCUCUCAGAGGAGCAGAACAGGGGUCCCGCAGAGUUUCAGUGGAAUACCAGUGUGAGAUGGAAAAGAUCUUCACCUCUGAGGAGCUGCUCAAUUCCCAACAGCAAACACUCGAACCUGAGAAUGCUGGAGCCUGGCCAGUUUACAUCCAGCUGACCAAUGGCAAGACUUUUGGCUGCGAUUUUGUCGUCAGCGCCACCGGGGUUGUGCCAAACACAGAGCCGUUUCUCCAUGGCAACAAAUUUGUACUGGCAGAUGAUGCUGGCCUGCGAGUGGAUGAACACAUGAUGACUUCAGAGCCAGACGUCUAUGCCGCAGGUGAUGUGUGCACAGCAUGCUGGGAACACAGUGCACUGUGGCAGCAGAUGCGUUUGUGGACCCAGGCCCGUCAGAUGGGCUGGUACGCUGGCCGCUGUAUGGCGGCGCAUGUCCUGUCAGAACCAAUCGAGCUGGACUUCUGCUUCGAGCUCUUCUCUCAUAUCACAAAAUUCUUCAACUACAAGGUGGUCCUGCUGGGGAAGUUUAAUGGGCAGGGGCUGGGGUCCAACCACGAACUGCUGGUGCGCUGCACUAAAGGUCACGAGUAUGUGAAGGUCGUUCUCAGCGGAGGCAGGAUGGUAGGAGCAGUGCUGAUCGGGGAAACGGACCUAGAGGAGACAUUUGAGAAUCUUAUACUCAACCAGAUGGAUCUGACUCGGUACGGAGAGGAUCUGCUCAACCCCGAUGUUGAUAUUGAGGACUACUUUGACUGAGGGCAGGGGUUGAGACUUUAGAGAACACUAAUCGGUUCAAGAUCAUAAGUAAUUCAAUAGAGAGAUGUAGAAGUAAUGCCAUCGGAAUGUGUAUGGGCAGGGCCCAGUAUUCUAUAAUGUCCAAGUUGUUGGGUGUGUUCGAUUUAUUUAUUUUGGCAAUGAAGAGAAGAUACAAAGAGAUUUUGACUAAUGUACAUGUACAUUUAAGACUUUAUUUUUGCUUUCAAUUAAAUUAUUUUCAAAACCAGUCAUAUGAUUGGUAUGAUUAGAGGAGGCUAAUGCAAUACAAUGAGACACUGUCAAAGUGACCCACUGUUUUGAUAAACAAACACAGUCGUCUCUGCAGAAGAAUUGGAUCUGGUCAGCGAUACUUGCUUGUGAAAAAAAGGGAACAUCCUUUUGUUGCCAUGUUGUCUUAGUGACUUGAUCAAGUUUCCUUCUCAUCUGCACACACGGCUCCUCCUGUGCGCAGAAGACGUUACAACAAUAGACAUUGUGGAGCUCACAUAAUGCCGUCUAUUUUCCUGAGGACUCGGAUGUUCUUGAGGAUGCUGCUAUUUCAAAAUCCACCUUUUGUAAGGACAAGAAACAUUAUAAGUGUAAAAGAGAUAUCUAAUGAUAAAAGAAAUCAACCUCC